AUGAUUCGCAUACACCAGUCAAUAUCGCGCGUACUCGGGCAGCAAAGCGCUCGAGUGGUGAAUUUUGCCCAGCGGCGGUCUGCCACUACCAACCACAGUCGCGGUGCAGGGCGUAAAUCAGGCGCGUGGAGCAAUUGGCCGAGUGAGAAGCUCCAGAUAAACGACCAAUAUCCCUUGACGAAGGCUCUGAGCGCUGUCAUACACCCCAGUAAGGAAGUUGGAACAUCCAGACCCGAAACCGUAUCCUAUAAGCGCAGGGAUAAUGCCGUUCAUGUACGGUCCCAAAUUGUAAGCCCGAAUCUAUGUGAUGAUGUUAUCAAAUAUAUCGGCUCCACGCUGGAAAAACACAAGGGCUGUGAUAUCAUCGAUAUCAAUCCUGGGGCGGGCUUAUGGUCACAGAAGCUCCAUGACUACCUUAAGCCUCACAGCCAUGUGCUCCUGGAGCCGCGAUACGACAAGUUCAAAGACUUCCUCGAUCCUCUCAUCACCGCCCCAAACUCCACAUACAAACUCGUAGAAAAGGAUCCAUGCGCGCGGGAUACCUAUAGAGAAAUAGUGUCAGAGGGUAUUUUCCCUGAUCAAGUUGUCCGUGGUCCUAGGGAGCCCAAGGCUCAAGAAACGAAUAAUACGCUCUUAGUGACAGGUUCUCUGGUGUGGGAUCCUAAGCUCACUGGUCUCGGAUUUGACUCUAUGGCCAAACAGCUCAUCCACCACUUCGCAAGUUCUGCAGCGUCAAAUGAUCUCUUCCACGCUUUCGGUCUGAUACGUAUGCUGCUUUGGGUACAGCAUGAAGACCUCAGCCCAAUGGUUGCUGAUAGUAUAUCGAACAUGUACAAGGCCAACCGGGUUCUAGAGAUGACACAAAACAUAACGCUAGUCGUGAACGCAGAGCGUACUGAACGUAAAAUCGGAAGAGGUUCCUCUGGUCGCGAACCUCAGUACGAACUUGAAAGCUUGACUCAGGCAUUGAGGAGAGCGAGGGAUAAUGGGUUCGAAAUACCCACGCAUAGACGCGCUGCCAGCUACAACUAUGCUCUAGAACUCGAACGUCUUACAGGUGGAACGGGAAUUAUGCGCUCCGAAGCAAUGCAAGAGUUCCUGUGCAAGCAGCAAAUGUCGGGUAAUCCCACAACAGGUCUGCUACAAACAACCUAUAUCGAUUGUUACGAACAAGAGAAGCUUUUGGCAGAGAAGUAUCCGGACAUUGACCUGUCCAAAAUUGUGAAUUCAGGGAAGGCACUGAAGACAAUUCUUAAAGAUCAUCCUGCAUCACUCGAAGUCAGGAACUACCUCAAGAGACGUAAUCAAAUCAACUCAUCGGCGAAGACCAAGGUUCACAUCGAGCACUGCGCCGACAUAGGCGAGGAAAUGCACGAUCUGGAAAUCAAAGCUUUAAGGAUGAAAGACGGGAAAAAGAAGGAUGCUGUAAUCAAGGAAAUAGAAGAGCUGGACCAAAAGUGGGAAGAGACCCUUGCCAGCAUCCCUCCCAACCAUCAGACUUCAGCGCAGAACGAAGCCGAUGAGCGCAUAUCUAUGCGUACACCUCCUCAUCCCCGUAUUCAAUGGGAUCAACGACCCUUCGAGCCUUUGGUCAUGCAAGAUGAUGAAGUCUGGCCCCAGAAUCGCCUCAGUCUCGUCUCUAUGGAACCGAUCCCCCAGCCUUUCAAGGAAGACAUACCCGAUUACACCGAGUGGCUAAAUGACUUCAUUUUCGGUCUGUUCAAUGCACCAAACGACGCGGUAGAUCAUGCGCUUGACAAGAUGCAACAUGGGCUGAGCGUCGUGAUCAAGGACUGUCCUAGUUUGAAGGAUCCAGAGAAGGGCGGUCGCCUUAAGAUGAAUCAGCUGAGGGUCAGGAUGCUGACCGUGGAGAUGAUAGAGGAGCUAGUCUCUGCGUACAGGAAAUGGCCCUUCAAGGCGCCCGGGAGCGAUUAUUCCAAAUACUUCCGCCAUAAGAGUUCUAUGGUCAACAAGGCGAUGCUAAUCAAUAUUUGGAUCAACAUCUUGGUCGAAAAGAGCCUCCCUUCCAUAUCGACUAACGGGGAUCUCUGA